UUUUCUUUUUAAUUAUUGUAAAACAUUUUGUAACUCAGGUUUCACAAAGUAACUCAAUAAUUUUUUGUGAAAUCAUCAAACCCAAUUCUUGUAACUGCCGUAACAGGAAGAGACAUAAGACCUACAACUGCAUCAUUAGGAAAAUAAGGAAGUAGAAAUUCAGGCCAUCAGUGCAUUUGCAACAUUAUUGUGACUGACUCUACUCACCGACAUGGCUCUUCAUCUCGGCUUUCUUCUCAUCCUCGCCGUCCUCACAGGAAUUCACAGCAUAACCACAGUCAGUGAAGUGUCAGUGAAAGCUGGAGAGUCGAUCACUAUCCCAUGUCUCUAUGACUCACAAUACAUUAACCAUGUGAAAUACUUGUGUAGAGGAUAUUAUUUUUCCUCCUGCUCUUAUGUAGUUAAAACAAACCAUGGAUUGGGAAGGUUUUCCAUCUCUGAUGACAAAAAACAAAGAAUCUUCACGGUGACUAUAAAAGAUCUGACGGAUCAGGACACUGAUUACUGGUGUUCUGUGGAGAUUAUUGAAGGGAGAGAUGUCAAACAGUAUUUUCAUCUGUCAGUCACCAGAGGCAGCCCCCGCCUCUACGUGGACCAUCAGGAGAUUAAAGGGUUUAAUGGACAUAGUGUAAACAUCAAUUGUAGGAAUAGAAACGCUGGAGAAAAAAGGUUUUGCAGACUGGGCGGGAACUGCGUGAAUGGGACAAGAGGAUCGAUAGACGGAACAACAGUGACCAUCACUACAAGGGUCCCUGGUGUUUUCACUGUGACUAUGAGUGGACUGACGACAAAGAGCAGUGGCUGGUAUUCGUGUGCUACAGGAGACUUACAGAUGCCAGUGCAUGUCACUGUUACUGAGAAACCUACCACUAGCAAGUACUCCAAAUCAGAAACCACACAUGCAACAACAGGUUUAACCACAACGACAGGUUUAUCACCCCCCCGUGAAACUGUGAAUCAUUCUGCUUCUGAAGACGAUACACGUACCAGUUCAUGCUGCAGUUUUUCCAUUCACCAAAAGAGUUUUAUCAUCCGCCUGAGCUUGUUGCUCUUCAUUGUAAUGGUGGCCUUGUUCAUCUGGUUUGUGUUCAGAAGAAAUCAGAGAAGCAAAGCAAAAUCACCCACACCAAUGGCUGAAGAGGACCUUAGACACAGUAAUGCUGAGAAACACAGUAAAGGGACAAACUUCGGACGAGUAACUUAUCCGGCAGGUAUCCUGGCGACCAGCACUCUGAUGCACCACGCUGUGACCGAAAAACAUUUCUACUCAGGCACAUAUCUGAUCGUCCCGGGUCCUGAGCCGGGGUUGUGAUAGGUCU